GCCAAAAAACAAAGAAAGAAGAAAGAAAGAAAAUAAACAACUUAAAAACGAUGAUGAAAACAUGCGAACUUUGUAGCCGACCGGCGAGAUUACACUGUGAAGCCGACGGAGCUUGGUUGUGUUCACACUGCGACGAGAAAGUUCAUUCAGCAAAUUUCCUCGUCGGAAAACAUUCAAGAGCCCUUCUCUGUCGCGUUUGUCAAUCUAAAACGCCAUGGACAGCUUCUGGAUCACGAAUUGGCGCCGCGAUUUGCGUUUGCGUUGGCUGUGCUUCGAAUCAGGUCGCCGGACGGGGAGAAGGUGUUGCGGCGGCGGCGAUUAGUCAAGGAUAUUCGGAAGAAAAAGAAGGAGAAAAUCAGGUUGUACCUUGGUCGCCGGAAACUCCACCUCCGGCGACGACGAGUGAUUCCGGUUGUGAAAAUGAAUCGACGAAUAAGAGGCUACGUGAUUGUAAUCAUGAAGACGCCGGAGACGAUGAAGUGACUUCGGUUUGCUGCUCGCCGGCGCCGGCGAAGAAGAAAUAUCGUAGAUGUUGAAAAUUAUUUUAGUUUGUAGAAUA